UGCAAAGCUCACGCUCGUCUCGCCCCUUUCGCUCUCUUCUCUCCCUGAUGGGGUGAUAUCUUGGUAGGCAUCGGGAUUCUCUCAAUUGCGUUGUUAAUCUCUGUCGUGCCUUCCGUGGCUGCUUUUUCGCAUCGCCAGCUGCCUCGUCUUUCAGUCAGUCUCACCACUGCAGUAACUCAACUUCCACUCGCUGCCCGUCACCUGGGAGACGCGACUAUAUCCCUUCUUGCCAGAGAUUGGGCUUUCCCUUGAUCUUUUGAUCUGGCACGUGCACUCAACCAAAGUUGAGGACGCGAACUCGCGUUUCGACAUUUCUUUCUGCACUCAGCACUCAACUCUCACACUUCUGCAAGAAGUCAUCCACUCUCAUCGAUUGUCCAUCAAAAUUUGUUUUUGUUCUCUGGAAGUCGACGCCCACGGUCGUAACCCACUGAGCCCGGAAUGUCGUGGAAUGGGCCCAUUGCCGGUGCUGCACCUUACCAGCCGCCACAAUAUCCCCAAGGUCCACCUGGAUAUGGCCAGCAUCCACCCUACCAAUACGGACAGCAGCCAGGCUACGGACAAUACCCGCCCACGCCAACAUUUCCACCAAAUGGCCAACCCCAACGACCGCUAGACAACCGGCCACCUAAGAAGAAGGGAAAUCCGGUAAUAACGCGUUAUCCCCCGCCUCCAGGCUAUCGUGGGCCGGCGCAGCCUCAGGGUCCGUUUGGUACUAACCAGUAUUCCAACCAAUAUCAACCACCUCAACCUGGAUUUCCACAAGCACCUCCAAAUGGAUAUGCGCAGACUCCUCCAGCACCUCAAACUUACUCAAAUCAAGCUUUUUCGGCUCCUCCACCAGGCCAGGCAUAUCACACCCAAGGAUACGCUCCACCACAGCCACCAACAUAUCAUCAACCACCGCAUCCCCAAGCACAAAAUCAGCAAUGGCCUCAGCAAGGUUACCCACCAAACCAGGCCUACUCGCAGCCAAAUCAGGGGUUUUCGCAGGCACCUGGCUAUCCUGGCGGACAAGGUCAUACACCUUCACAAAGUACAUACAACGGGUAUCCCCAUCAGCCUGCUCCAGUAGACCAGAAUCAGCAGUCAUAUGAUCAUUCCCAAGGCUGGCAGGCACCAAACGGACAAGCCUCUUAUCAAGCAAACAACCAGGCUCCGGGUUGGCAGACAUCCAAUGUGCAGCAACCUUAUCCGCCGAACGAUCACUAUAACUCAUACAAUGGCACACCCACUAACGGCCUACCAAUGUCGGACCCAAACUCCACUCCAACUCCUACUACCGCGCAUCUUGCGGUUUCGCAGCCUCAUACUCAGUCGGCCCAGCCGGUGGGCGUUGCAGGGGACAAUGGUGCAAGCGAGAAGCCACAACUGUUUCUUGCCUGGGACGACUGGGACUUCGACUUUGACGGGGCAAUAUGGCCAAAGAGCAAUGAACCUGUAGAUCCGAACCUGAGUCUAGGUGUCAUCAUCUGGCACCCUGCUAAGCAGGUGACCCGGGCUCUGCCUUCAACAUUUGCUGAUGCCGAGGAACAGGCUAUGAGCCCAACCCCCGAGACCUUGGAUAACGCAGAGUCAGUGUCGGUUUAUUUCACGGCUGAGAACUCUCACGAAGCCUUCUUGAACGUGAGACAGACAGACGAUUGGGAGCGUGUGCAGAACGACCCGGUUUUUGUUGUCUUUACUGACGACGAAAUGCGCCAUAAUCUUGUAGCACUGGAAGAUUGUAUCGCGCAGCGAGAUCGUCCUGAUGAGUUUUCCGAUGAUAUGUCUUAUAUCAAAGAUGAGGAAAUGCCGGAUUCUGCCUGGAGUAUCAUGGACCACCUUGAGCAGGCCCUGUCCGCUAGUGGUGCCGAGGAACCAAGGCGUUCCGGCUUGAGUCGGGCGGGUUCUUCUACGAGUUUCACACAAGAAGAUAUUCUUGCCAAGCUGGGCGUAACGGGUGCGCCGAAGCCGCCGUCGCAUGAAGCCAUGCCAAUGUCCCUCUCUUCGUAUGACGAGAAGCCUCCAUCUUCUCUUCCUGAGAAGCCAAUUGAUUCUGCUCCUCCCUCCAUGCCAUUGCACACGCAAUCAGCCCCCCAAAGUGCGCAGGUCCCUACCGGGCAUCAAAACUUCGGCCAUGGCCCCGCACAUCCACGGCCAUAUGGAUCCAUGUCAUCUUCCAUCCUUGGUAGACCCCCACCUCCACCACCUCCACCUGAGCGACAGCGGUAUGAUCCUUGGAAUGCAAACAACUUUCAACACCAGCAGAACAGCCAUGGCUUUGGGAGUCCUGCGCGCUCUGACGGCAGUAACCGAACUAUGGUAGGGUCCGACUUUGAGUCUGACAAACCCAUGGGAGGAACUGAGGAUCUCCCUACGCCUGUUCCGAAACUCCAUCGAAGUGACAGCUCCUCCGCAAGGAAGAGGAGUUAUGAAGACACUGAUCAGUAUGAUGAAAAACAACGACAACAUGAUGAUCAAUCUAAGCGAAAGCGACGCUCUCAGGUCGAUGCCGUUUACAGCCGUCGCUGAAUACAAGCCCGUUUGCUUCCCAUGCAUACCAACUGGCCAUUCAAGGCCGUUCUCGAGUAUACUUAUCUAUGUUGUGCUCAUGUUAUUUACGUCCUUCCUAGCCGUCGAGCCGCUUGUUGC